UAGGCCACACGUAUUUUUUUAUCCUUAAGUUUUAGUUACAUUACAUAUUAAAUAAACUGCAUUUUAAAAACAUCAUUUCAGUCAGCAAUGCAUCUUGAUGAAGUUUACAUGUGAGGUUUUUUGUUUGUCUUUUUACUACUUUUGAAGAAAAGUUUUUAAAAUCUAUUUAUCAAAGCCUCCAUCUCAACCAAUGCCUUGGAUGACAGCAAUCCAGUUCAGGACAGGACACGCCCCAAGGUUGCUGUUCCGACGCUUCCAUAUUCAAGGUUUGAUCUGGUUCUGAAGCUUGUGAUCACAGCAGAAGUGGGCUUCAGAUCUACCACGAGCGCGCACUAGACCCCAACACCAACGGCGGAAACUAAGGGCUUCGGCGGUGGUGGUUACCGCCUCGGCGGUUCCCGGAGGGGCGGGGCUGGGGUGGGGGAGAGGGAGCUGGGAGAAGCGUCCCGAGUUGCCAUGGAUUCCGGGCCCAGCACUAAUAGUAGCCUAGAGUCCCACGAAACACCCCUCCAGGGACUCCUGGUGUUUUCCGGCUCCUCGGAACAGGACGUAAUCCUGGCCAAACAGUUCUGGAUUUCGGCGUCGAUGUAUCCUCCUAACGAAUCUCAGUUGGUGCUGUCCAGAGACAGCAGGCAGCGUCUGCGGGUGGCGGGGCCCUCUGGGAGCAGUGUGGCCGAGAAAUGUCACUUCCAGCCUUUUUCUCCUGAGAAUACCAAAAAUAGAGACAUCAUUGCAGAAGCCCUAAAAAUACAGGCAUCUGAGGAGAAAGCAAAAUAUCUCCAAAAGGCUAAAAGGAGAGAUGAGAUUCUCCAACUCUUAAGAAAACAAAGAGAAGAAAGGAUCAUGAAAGAACUGAUUUCCCUUCCUUAUAAACCAAAGGCCAAAGUACACAAAACAAAACUGACUGGCAGGAACAAUGAGUAAUCCAAAGAAAUGAAUUACCAAUGAUGAAAUCACGGAAGUUUGACUCUUGGGUGAGCAAAAUAUAUUUAAGUAGGAGGUCUCCCCUGCCCUUCAAAUCACACUUCAUAGUAUGAUGACCACUUCUCUAAAAUGUAAGUUUAUACUUUGUUGCAAAGCCUAAUGCAUAUUCAGAAUCCCAGGACAGUGAAUUUUUUUUUUAUUGGGGAAAUUUUCAAAAGCUUUUUCAUCUUAUGACAUAGUCAAAAUGACAGAGUUCUAUGUGUUGGAACUGAUCCAUGUUA